CCACAAACUACCCAAUCAACACGCUACUUGGUCGGAAGUGGCAUAUUUGAAAACUGGCAGUUGAAGUUGAGCCUUUUUCGUGUCCACAAGUGAAAAGGAAUUAAUGACAGUAUAAACACGAUGGAGGAAGAGGAGCAUACAGACAGAAAGCAGCAGCUUGCCAUGCUUUAUCAAAAGCUCAGCAAAAUUAAGAAGUAUCUCAAUGACGAUGACACGGACAAUAUUAACCAGGUCAUUGGAUCAAACUCGCCCGAAUCAUGUCUCUCAUAUUUGAUGGACCUGGAGAAGAAAGGGGACCCUCACUCGAAUCAUAACCACCUCACUAGACUCAUUGACUUUUAUACCAGAGUAUUCUCCAAUAUGCCACUGGGAAGACACUGUCAGAAUGAGAGCUAUGCCAGGAUGUUGGUCCGAUUUGCAGAGCUCAAAGCGAUUCAAGAUGUCAAUGAGGCAGAAGCCAACUUCAACGUGGCAAGAUCUCACAGCCAGAACUUUGCAUUUGUUCACAUCGCACAUGCAAAGUUUGAGCAUUCCCAAGGCAACACAAAGAGAGGCAUUUACAUAUUACAGAAUGCUAUUGAACUGGGUGCAAAACCAAAGGAUCUGCUGGAGGCUGCCUUGCAAAGCAUGCAAACAGGAAAAACACAGCUCUUAUGUCCAGAUGAUAAGGAAAAUGUACCACUGUUGCCCAACAGUAAUGUGCACGAUUCUGUCAAAAAAGGCUCAGAAUUCCAAAAAGUAAGCAGAGUAUCAGACGGGACAGGUGACUUACAACUCUCCAGUAUUUUUAGUUCAGGGACUGAGUCCCUUGUUGGAUCAUCAGAUGACCAGUUACCAGGCUGGAGAACUGGAUCUCAACGCAAGAGAGCAGUUGGAAUGCCAGGGAGAGUUCCUGUGGUACCCUUCUCCAUCCCAGAAAAGGAUGAUGACGAUGAUGGCUACAUCCAUGGGAAGCCCUCUAAGAGAAGUGAUGCAUCAAUUCCAACCAGUUUGUCAAGGCAACUCUCUGGUUCAAACAUGAAGCCAUUAUUUGGGUUAUCAUCCUCAAAGAAAAAUGCUGUCGAAGGAGAUUUUGUCCAUCCUCAACCCCCAGCUGUCAGUCCAGAGCAUUGCCCCUGGGAUGAUCAGGCAGCUGUGGACUCCACCACCACACUCCUUCAUUCACAUGACACACGGGACACCUCGAGAAUGGAAGAUGUAACUUACAGUUUUGACCAGGUCAUCAAGAUGAAUUCCCCCGAGUCAUGUUGGACAUAUCUGAUUAACCUGGAGAAAAGAGGCAACCCUCACACAGACAUCAGCCUCCUCAACAAACUCAAAGACUGUUAUUCUAAAAUCUUCUCCAGGCUACCAAUCAGACAGUACAGCAAAAAUGCCUUCUAUGCCAGAAUACUGGUUAGAUAUGCAGAACUCAAGGGGAUCGAAGACCCAGAUGAAGCACAGGACCAUUUUAUAGUUGCAAGAUCCAACUGCAAAGGCUUUGCCUUUGUCCACAUAGCACAUGCCCAGUUUGAGGUCUCUCAAGGUAAUGUGAUCAAAGCAACUUCAAUUCUGCACAAAGCUCAGGCAUUAAAUGCCAGGCCAGCUGAGCUCCUGGAGGUAGCCAUACGUAACCUUAAAGCUGGGGAGAAACAGCUAGUGCCUCCCCAGGAGGAGGAACAACCCACAGUUGUUCCGGUGAGUGUUUCUACUCACAGUGGAAACCAGGAACACCAGCUUCCUGCUCGGGUCCCUGUGAACCGCUCAGUGGAACAGCCUAAACCUGUCAACAAAGAGCCCUUAUCAGAGUGGAAGAUACCAACCCUUGUCAACCGCCAUGUUUCUCCAGAGGAUAAACGAGCAACCCCACCUGACCCCAGACCUGUUCCUCGUGUGCUGGAGUCACUUCCCACUCCAUCCCUCCAACUUCCAUCCAGAAUAAACCCACAAACAGUCUGCCAGACACCAAACAACCACAGAAACCCCUCUGCUAGCAGCUUUAUUACUCCUGUUGUAAAGAGAGGUCCUGAGGUGUCUUCCUCUGCAGUAGCAGCACAUAGAGCUGGACCUGUUCAGCAGCCAUGCACACCUCUAAACCAAGUGGCCUGUUUCCAAACUCCACAGGCUUCCUUUACUGCAUUGUCAAAUGAAUCCAUAACCAUUAAGGGCAAGCAGUUCUUCAUCCUCAAGAUGAUUGGACGUGGUGGAUCAAGCAAGGUCUACCAGGUCCUUGAUCACAAGAAGCAGCUAUUUGCUGUGAAAUUUGUUGACCUUGAGGAGGCCGAUGCUCAGACGAUAGAAAGUUACAAAAAUGAGAUUGAACAUCUGAACCACUUGCAGCAGUACAGCGAUCAAAUUAUAAAGCUGUAUGACUAUGAAAUGACCAACAGCUACAUCUACAUGCUGAUGGAGUGUGGAAACCUGGAUCUGAACACGUGGUUGCGAAACCGCAAAACUGUGAAUCCGCUGGAGAGGAAGUUCUACUGGAAGAACAUGCUGGAGGCCGUCCAUACCAUCCACAAACAUGGAAUCGUCCACAGUGACUUGAAGCCAGCUAAUUUUGUCAUCGUGAAUGCCUCACUGAAGUUGAUUGACUUUGGGAUCGCAAACAGAAUCCAACCAGAUGUGACAAGCAUCAUGAAGGAUUCACAAGUAGGCACCCUGAACUAUAUGCCCCCUGAAGCCAUCAAAGACACGUCAUCCCAGCCAGGAAAAGCACGCUCAAAGAUCAGCCCAAAAGGCGAUGUGUGGUCUCUUGGGUGUAUCCUGUACUGUAUGACUUAUGGGAAGACUCCAUUCCAGAGCAUCACCAAUCAGAUUACCAAACUGCACGCCAUCAUUGAUCCCUCGCAUAAGAUUGAAUUUCCUGACAUCUCAGAGAAGGAUUUGCUGGAUGUGUUGAAGAGGUGCUUAGUACGAAACCCCAGAGAGCGAAUCUCUAUUGCCGAGCUGCUGGAGCAUCCAUACCUGCAGCUGAAGCCACAAGCAUCGCCUGAGCCAGAAGGUCCAUGUAACAGUGAUCUCCAGAGGAUCCUAACAGACCUUGCCGCCCUCCAGUCUCCCAACAGCAUCAUCCGAGCUGCAAAUAACCUGGCCAAAAUGUGCAGCAGCGGCAGAAAGUUGGAUGUUGCAGAGUGUGCGAAGUCAUCGACCUAACUAUCCUGUAAAAUGUGAUGUGGAUAUUUCCUUUCUUUUUCUUUUUUCUUUUUGGCUCUUAACCACUGUAUGUAACCAGUAUAGACACAAUAUUUUCUGUUGUAGAAACUAACUAAUCCAUGUUUGCAUGUUUGUUUCCUUGAAACAAAAUAUAUUGCUUCAUUUUUUCAUUUUUACUCAUGUUCUCUGAUGAUAAAUGUAAGCAUUCAACAUAGUCAAAUAAACAUACUGUACGCUUAA